AUGGUUUAUAAAAUGGUAUUAUCUCUGGUGCUGCUGGCGGUGUCAGCUCGCGGCUACUCGGGGCACGGGGCGGGACUCCCUGCCCCCCGGAGCGGCCCCCACAGCCGUGGUCCCUACGACGGGCCCCACAUCCCCAUCAUCAGCUACGAAAAUGUCAACAACGGAGAUGGAAACUACCGUUACAGUUACGAGACCGGCAACGGAAUCAAGGCAAACGAGCGCGGAUCCCCGCGCGCCCCCGGCCCUCAGGGGGCGGCGGUGACGGCGGAGGGGGGCUACUCGUACACGGCCCCCGACGGCCAGCAGAUCUCGCUCACGUACACGGCGGACGAGGCCGGCUUCCACCCCGCCGGCGCGCACCUGCCCACGCCGCCGCCCAUACCGCAGGCCAUCCUGCGCUCGCUGCAACUCAUCAGACAGUCCAGUAACGACGGCUCCUACAACCAGCAGCACCACGGGGACUACCAUCGCGGAGGGUACCGCUACUGAGGCAUAAUUUAAUAAUACAAAAAAAACAUGUUUAGUUAAUUUUCUACCGUUACACUGCCCGACUUAUGUACAAAAGGAUUGCUUUCUGCUUAGUUUGUAACUGAACCUAUGUAAAUUAUUGAAUAAAAUUAUUUAUUUUCAUCUUA